CAUGAGCCUCGACGAGGACGGCUGCGGCAUCCUGCGAUAUGGAUCCGGCUCGGUCCUCGCCGUCAUUAGCCGCGUGGACGGUGCCAAGUACGGGCAGUUUUACGACGACACGCGGCUGGACGGACAGCCGACGCAGCUCCUCGUCGGCUUCAGCUUUGGCGGCAACGGCUUUGCCAACUACCGCUCAGGCCAGCAGCGCUUCGUAGCCACCGACGCGGACGUGCUUGUUGCUGGUGAGGACGGCGAAAUCUUACAGUACUAUCGCUGGGAUCCGACCUCGGUGACGACGCUGCUACCACGCCCCAUCGAUCUGCAGCUCAACUCGGUCUUGGCGCUCCAGUGCUCGAGCCAAGCAGCGAUACAGCUCACCGUCAAGCACCACAGCGUUCUUGUUUUCGAGCUCGGACGACCCGUGCGGGAAUCGUACCUCAACAAGAUCCAGCGCCGGCGGGUCGACGGGUCCCUCGAGCUGGCCAUCCCGCGGCCGUCGCUCGUCGAUCGCCAAGAUCGCCAGAACGAGAUGCCGAUUAAGAAAGCGCAGCGCUACAACUGGCAUCUGCCGCGCGUCUCGGCGAGCGGCCGCGAAGUCGACAAGGUGCGCGUCGGGUCGCACCUCCAGCCGCUCGUCGAGACCAACAAGUCGCUGGUGCUGCGGCUGAGAGCCUACACGACAGCGAUCGGGCACAACGUAAACGACCAAGUCGAGGCCCAGCGCAGCAUUCCUUGCCACAGCUUCUUCUCGCCGAUCAAGCGCCAGCAGAGCUACAUCCCGUCGGCCAAGAUCGCCAAACCCAAGGCCAUCAUCAAGACCCUUCCGCGUCUCCACCCGCGGUUCUUAGACCACAUGGUCGCGCACAUGAAGAGCAACCAGCUCCUCGUUGUCGUCUGCUCGAAUCUCUCGACGUCCGACUGCGUCCAGGCCGAGCGCAUGCUGGCGACGAUCGAGGUCGAGUGGGCGACCGACGACACCGUGCGGCCCGUCGACGACGACACGCCGCCGCUUCCCAACCAUGGGGCGUACGAAGACCCGGCGCCCGACCGCGCGCUCAGCGCCAAGCGGAUCGUGCUCGCCGACUGCUCGACCUCGACGCUUCUGAGCUCGCGCCACAACUUUCGCGUCUACCCCAUGUUCCUCAUGUACUAUGGCGGCCAGCUCGGAUUCUGCGCCAACACGUUCAACGGCUUUGGCAGAUCCGCCAACGACUUUGCCGCGCAGGUCAAGACGACGCUUCGCAGCUGUCAGCGCAACCAGUUCCUCGCCGCCAACUUUCGGUUUCCGUCCAUGGACGACCCGAUCGUGUCAUAGUAUACUUGUAUCCAAGAUUUAUCCUCUUAUCUUAUGCGCUUAUUUCGCAGUGUACGACGAGAGCACGGACGAGAGAA